UCCGAAGUGACGUGCUCAUUCAUACGUGUUUUGUUUUCUAUUAACUCUCAAUAAUAACUCUGUUCUCUCAUCGGUGGAAGUGACCAUGCCGCGACCGUCGCGUGAAUCUUACGGUGAUCAAAAACCACCUUAUUCAUAUAUUUCGCUUACCGCUAUGGCGAUCUGGAGCUCCCCGGAGCUGCCGCGGCGGCCCGACCGUCCCGGCAAGGGCGCCUACUGGACGCUGCACCCGCAGGCCUUCGACAUGUUCGAGAACGGCUCACUGCUGAGGAGACGCAAGAGAUUCAAGCUGCAGAAAGGGGAGAAGGACAAUCUGAAUGCGGAGCUGGCCGCGCUUGCGAGUUUCAAUAGAGCGUUUCUUGCGAGGCAGGCGGGCGCGCCGCCGCCGCCGGCAAUGCCGAGCGCGAGCCUGUACACGCCGCCGAUGUGCCCACAGCUGAGCCCGGAGCCGGCGGAGCUGCCGGAGGCGUCUAUGACGAUGCUGGCACGGGAGAGGCCGCGGCGGGCGUUCACUAUCGAUGCGCUGCUGGAGCCGGAGCCGCCGCGCUGCUCGCCGUCGCCGCCGCAGCCCGUGAUGCCGCUGGCCAGCCUGCCGCGGCUGGAGCUGGCGAUGCCGCCGCCGUACGUGCUGGCGGCGCAGCGCUACCACGCUGAGCUGCUGCAGGCGGCGGCGCACGCGCUGCGCCCCUGCUACCUGCCGCCGCCGCCGCUGCCCGUCGCGUGACAUCACGGCGCGCCCUGCUCCGAUAACCCGUGCAAUGCUAGAUUGUAAGUACAGAAAUUGUAAUAUUACGAAGCCUACUUGUUCACGAUCGAGCGAGUAAAUAAGUCAAUAGGAAAUGUGUAUGCGUGAAAUAAUCAUAGUUGCAGUUUGCAAAUAUGUACAUGGACUUUAGCAACUACACCGGUCUGCAAAACUAAGUAAACUAUACUUUUGAAAUUUAAUAUUUUUCUAAUUUAUAGAAGUUUGAUAUAUGAACUAAUAACGUUUUAUAGCAAAUCUUAUCAGCUUUCUUCUUCUUCUCUCUUUUAAGUCUUUUUAUUUCAAAAGUAUAACUUGUGUGCUUAAAAUGUUAUUGCAAUUUUAAAAGUGUGAUACUUAAUUUUGUAGGCCAGUGUGUUUAAUAGUAGGCCUAUUGAGUAAAAGCAUUUGAUGUUUUGCUGAACAAACGCAUUUAACUAAAACCUUCAUAAUUAACUUGUAAAUAGUUUACAACGUAGGGAAAUUGACCUCAAAGCAUUACAAAGAUCAAUUAAAAUUGUCAGGUGACUUAUUAUGCGUGUAUUGAAAAUUUAAUCAUGAUAUUAGAGAUCUCAGUCGUAGGUACUCGUAGUUAAUUAUUAUAAGAUAGUAAUUAUUAUAUUUUUAGUCGGAUAUUUAUUGAACAAAUAGCAACUAUGUUGGAAUUCUCAUUAUACAUUCCGUAACCUAUUAGUAUAAAUUGUUCAAAUUAGUGAAUAAUACAGAUAUACUUAACGUGAGACUAUAAAUUUAGAUUCCUAUGAUUGCGUAACAAUCGUUAUGUCAGUGUUUGUAAAUACGCUUCUAAUGAUCGUAAUCAUUAAAUGUUAUUGUAGAUAGGAUAAUGUAUAAAGGAAUGUUGUUGUACCUACAUUUAAAAGUGUUAUUUAUUUUAGAUAAGGAUAAUAAGGUUUAAUUCUAUUGUUUAUUUUUAUUUUUUAGAUCCUACAUUUUAUCUUUGUAAAUAUUGUUUUGUUGUAAUUAUAUUAUUGAGUAGGUAUUAAAUGGAACAAUUAUUGCAUAGAA